AUGGCUUACUGGUCGAACUUACCUGACGGACUUAUCCUUCGAUCUUACCCGACAGACUUGCCUAAGAAAAUUACCCGAUGGAUUUGCCCUACGGGAAUACUCGACAGACUUGAGCGUCGAGCUUACUCAAGAGACUUACCAGACGGACUUACUCGACGUGAUGUUCUGACAGACUUAUCCGACCAGCUUCCCGAUGGACUUGCCCGACGGGAAUACUCGACAGACUUACUCCACUCAUCCGACAAGCUUACCUGA